AUGUCUAUUGUUGCAAAUCCGGUGCUAAUAUUCCUUUCUUUGAUAGAGGAGGAAAGAAUUGAGAGGGAGGCGUUGGUGGAGAGGAUGAUGAGGGGGAUGAGAGGAAGAAGUGAUGUCGUUUUGGGAGUUGGCGGUGGAGCCAUGCAUCAGAGUCUGGUCUCACGGCCAAAACCCCUAACCCCAGAGCAGCAAUCUGCUCGAAGACUCCACCUUGCGCUUCGUCGUCGAGCAGCAGAUGCCCGCCGCAAAGAAGCACGUCGCGCUGCGCGAAGAAAAGAGUGCGCCGGUCUCAUCAAGAAAGUGCGCAAUCUGCGGAUCGCAGAGCACGCCGCUUCUGGUGGCAAUAUCGACGAUGAGGAAGAAGAUGAAGAAGAAGAAGAAGAAGAUGGGAUCUUCGAGUCUCUUUUUGCGGGUGGUGAUUGGGGAGAUGACGAUGAGGAGAAAUAUGGAGGUGGUAGUGGGGGUAGAGGUGGCGGACUUGGUGGAAUGUUUGGUGCCCAGGCCAUGAUGGUUUAGAUAAUUAACUUUUGGGUAGGGAUAGAAUGUAGAGAUCAAAAAGAAUCAUUU